AUGGCCAUUCCCCUCUUCUUGAUCAACGACACUUUUGAGAUGGCCGCCUUGAGACUACAAGUCCGUGACUCUAUCUUCUUGACCAAGGCACAAAUUGUGUUCUGUGCUCAGGAUUUGAGCAUCAGCUGCUAUAUCAAGAACAUUGGUGACACUGGAGUAAUCUCUCUCAUCAGAUCAAUGAUCGAUGGGUACAUCGAAGUACCUUUGUUUGACAAUGUGUUCCAGAGCAUCGUCAAGAAAUGUGCUUUAUCGACCUUGCUACUCACACCGUUCAAGAUUGACUUGGUCGCAGACGUCACCAACUUUGGCAAAUCAAAUGGAGGAGCAUUCGUCUUUGAUCAAAUCAGUGUACAAACUCUAAUAAUGAGCAUGGUUCCCGAGUUUGUUUACCAACUUAAGGUCACUUUCGUUAAUCGAUCCUUUGUUUUAUAUACUUCAAAAGAGGAUGAAUAG